AUGUCUACGUUUGCACCACGAGCAGCCAAACGACUGCGGGUCGCCGCGCCUAAGAGCUGGACUUGCGCAGAAUGUCGCAGAGGCUUCACAUCGAGCAUAGCACGGAAACAACAGCCAGGGCCAGCAACACAGGAUGGCAAAACGACACAUUUCGGCUAUCAGACGGUAGCAGAGCAAGAGAAGGCGUCAAGAGUGGCGGGCGUAUUCUCCUCGGUGGCCAGCAGCUAUGACAGCAUGAACGAUUUCAUGUCCCUGGGCAUCCAUCGGUUAUGGAAAGACCACUUCGUGCGCAGUCUGAAUCCCGGUGUUCAAUAUGCCUCAUUACACGACCAGAAAGAGGGACAGCGGAUAUUGGACAUCGCCGGAGGUAGCGGCGACAUCUCGAUGCGAAUGCUCGACCACGCCACGAACAUCAACAAGGACAAUAAGACACAUGUCACCGUGUCCGACAUCAACCCAGAGAUGCUGGCAGAAGGACGAAGGAGACUGUCAGCGACCCCAUAUCAAGCAGCAGGAAGAGUCGACUAUCUCGAGGCGAACGCAGAAGAUCUACACACGAUUGCGGAUAGCAGCAUAGAUCUCUACACGGUCGCGUUUGGGAUACGGAACUUCACACACAAAGACAAGGCACUGCGAGAGGCAUAUCGUGUGCUAAAGCCUGGAGGAGUCUUCGCAUGUUUGGAAUUUGCGCCUCAGCUAUCGAAUCCGCUCAUGAAUGCUGUGUACAAGAGAUGGUCUUUCAGCGCGAUACCCUUGAUCGGACAGAUUGUUGCUGCGGAUCGUGACAGCUACCAAUACCUGGUCGAGAGCAUCGAGCGGUUUCCAUCGCAGCCAGAGUUCGCACGUAUGAUCAAGGACGCUGGAUUCCUCAUUCCUGGACAGAAAACUGAUGGUACAUCUAUCGAGAGCGGGUGGGAGGACCUGACAAUGGGUAUUGCGGCGAUACACAAGGGUGUGAAGCCCUUGUGA